UACAAUCUCCAUCAUAAAAAAAACACACACACACACACACAUAAAUACUAAGCAUAUCCAUUUACCUAGCCAUAAAUAUUUUAGUGAUCAUCAUAUAUAUUACAGAUUAUGGGAAACUGCUGCAUGGUAGAAUCUUCAGUGGAAUGGGCAGGGGAUGAUUGGGGUUCAUUGACAACAUCAAGACACGGUAACCUGCAUAAUUCAAAGAAGAAUAAUAAGGUGCUUGAUGAAGAACAAGAUGGUGGGUUGGGAAACGUGGAGAAGGAGAAGCUUCUUAUUGGUGCCUUAAGAGCUUCUUCUGAUGAAAAUGGAAAAGUCAAGAUUAUGAUUUCCAAGAAGGAGCUUAAGAAGUUGUUGAGAGCACCCUCAUCAUCACAACAUCAAGGUUCUUCUUCUUCUUCUUCUUCUUCAUCAGCAGAACAAGUUCUUGCUCGAUUGAUAUAUGCAAGAGAUCACUAUGAUCAACAUGAUCUUCACCAUAGGCACUGGAGGCCUGCACUUCAGAGCAUUCCUGAAAAUUAAUUCACUCAUUUCCGUGCAGUUUUUUUUUUUUUUUUUUGUAUAAAUUCAAUCAAAGAAUGGCAUUUUAUUUAUUUGUUUAAUUAUUUAUUCUCCAUGAUUUUCAACUCUUAUUUGCUUGCUUGUAAUAUAAAUGUUGGGGAAUUAAUGUCUAUUGUUGUACAUUAUUAUUAGUAUUUUUCCAUCAUGAAAGGCUGAUGAUGAAUGAAAGUGAUGAAUUAUUUAU